AUGCCACCAAAAAGAGUAAAAAGCGGGACAGUGUCUGCUGCUGGUGCAACGACAGUUGGAAACAAAGGUUGGGAAACUGGACUCACUACUGCACCAUUUGAGGAGGAGACUUGGAAGGCCAGCAUUUCUCUGGUGGUGGGAGAGAGGCUGGAGGAUGAGGAGCUGAUCGGGGCUCUGCUGCUGGCUGUACAGCAGCCCCUACGCAGGCUCUUCAGCGUAGUCACCUGGAACACCACCCUAGAAAAGAUCCAUGAACUGGGAAACCCAAAAAUCAAGAAGACCAAGGAUGCACCCAUGUUUUACGAGGUGAUGGAGGCAGCCAAGGUCCUGAUGGAUGCAGGAGAGGAGCUGCCCUGUGACCUGCUGGGUAAACUGCUCAAGUUCCAGCUCCUGGGAGUCAAGGCCAACGACCAGCAGAGGAGAGCCACAGAGAUGAGGGCUGCUGAGGAGAAGGGUAAGGGCAAGGCUGGCAAUGCCUCCCCAACCAAAGACAAAGGUGGUGCCAAGCCUGCCGCCAAAGGUGACAAGGGGAAGAAAGGGGCAGAGCUCAGUGCCCCAACCAAGGACACCAAGCUGAAAAAGAGGGGCGAGGAGGAUGAGACCAACAAGUAUAUAGACGAUGAGCCAGACGAUGGUCCUCAGCACUACGUUCUGGUGGUGGGCUUCCAGCAGGCUCAGCUGGUCUCUGUGCUGGACUCCCUGGGGGUCCAUGUGUCCAACGUUAUCAACCUGACCUCACAGAGACCAGACCGGCCAGAGGGAUCACUGGAAGGGUGUGAUGCCAAACCCCUGGAUGGGGACACGGAGACUAACAUUAGGAGAAGACAGCGGGAGCAGUUCUGGGGUCAGUUGGAAGGGGUGCUAAACAGUGGCUCAGCAUUCUCCAAGCUGUUUGAUGUGGCCCGCCUCAGUCACACCGCUAAAGAGAUCCUGCCACCACAAGACAAGGAUAGCCCAGAGGCUAUGCUUGGGUUUGGGACACGUCUGUUUGAGGAUGUGGCGUGUCUGAUCUAUGACUGUCUGGACUGGAGGAGACAGCAUCAACACUACCUGAACAACAUGAGACUGGUCCAGGUGCCAUCUGUCCCCAGGGCUGGGGCACGCACCACCCAGGAAAGCCCUGCAGAGACGGUUCAGACCACAACGCCUCAGACACCUGGGUCCAAGAAGAGACAAGUCCCAGAGGAGACCACUCCAGCAGACCCUGAACCAGCUGCUCUGAGUACUGAUGUGGACAAGCGUUACUAUAACGACCUGCUGGACCAGAUUCCUCCUGAAGCCUCCUCUGUUCCCCUCAUACUACACUGCAUGCUGGAGCAGGUGGUGGCCACAGAGCAGGACAUCCCUCCCCUGUCUGCAGCAGGCUCAGAGAAGGGAGUGUACAGCCUGGAGAAGAGCCUGGCAGACUACAUGCUGUCUGCUGUCAUGUCUCUGCCUCGCUCAGACCAGGAGAAGAAGACGUUGAGGGAGACGUUUGGUGCUGUGGGGAACACCCAGCAGAACACUGAGCACCAGAGACCUCUACUGAUCAACUGUCAUGACGAGAGAGCCCUGAGACUGCACCACCUGCCUGUCCAUAACAGCUUUGAUGCGGUGAAGACAGAGACAGAGAUGAUGAGAAACACUCCGGUGUGGAAUCUUCUCCGCUCCGUCCGCCCCCUGAGUGGAAAUAGAACCAAACUGGCCCGCAUCCAGGAGCUCACACACUACUGCACCGACGAGUCUCUGAGCUGGCCGGAGGUGGAGAGAGUGGUCAGACAGUUUGUGUUUGAGAGCAUGCCCCUGACCCAGCUGGAGGAGGGGGGCCUACUGACCUCUGCUGGUUCCCCUCAACCUACCUGCCUGCCCUGGGACGACCCUGUCUGCUUCGCCAAGAACUCCCUCAGACACAUCAACAAGACACAAGUUAAAGUGUUCCACCACCAGGAUGAAUCAGAGGAGAGUUUGUCUGAUGUGGUAGAUGUGACUGAGAUCCAGAGAAGCCAGAUGCGAUCGCUCAGUGACUGGCACUAUACUGAGCACCACAAUGCCAAUGUCUUUCCCCAGAUUCUCCAGUCUGCCUCUCAGUCCUACCGCUGCAUGGACACCUUCUGUGGUAGUCUGGACAACACCCUGUUCAUCGUCUGUCACAAUCCCAUUAGCCCUCAACGCCAGUGCAAGGAAUUAUGGGACAUGGCCCUCCACACCAAUGUCGGGUUCAGGAAGUACCUUGAGCAUGUGGCCAACUCUAUAUCUGACUGGACCAAGGAGGAGGAGGUGAAGUGUCUAGCUCUGCAGGCCAAGAGAGAGGCAGAGAAGCUGAGAGUGCCCACCCCGUCUGACUCCUCAGAGAAAGGCAGGGCAGAGUCGGCUAAGGGCACCAAGAAGAGCACUGUCUCGCCAAAACACACGGCAACCUCCCCAGCCAAGUCUCCUAUCCCAGAGGAAGGUCCUCCAGACCAGUACAUCAGAGAAGACUCGCUCAAAGCGUGGAAGAUGGAGCAGAACAGACAGAAGGAGGAGGAACAAGUGAAGAAAGCUAAGAAAGAAAAAGGAGGGAAGGGAGCGGAGCGAGCCGACUCGUCCAAGGAGAACAAGAAAACUACCCCCUCCACCACUAAGAAGAGCAGGGAGGACGUGAGUAAGACCCCUGACCUGGCUGUGGGGACCCCUGGAGAACAGAGAGCAAAGCUGCAGUCGCCCACCGACGUCUUCACUGGAUUCACUGGCUACAGCAUGGAGGGACAGCUGAUCCAGGUCUCAGGCCAGGUCCACUCCCUAUUCCCCUCUGACGGAGGCCACAUCCAGGUGGAGACCAUCCACUUUGUCCAGGGGUCGACGCUCAUCAAGGUGUGUGUGAUGAAGGACAAGCAUCAUUUCUACAGCCACAUCACCCAGCCAAACAGACACCAGGAGGAGAGCCCAAAGGACGCGGUUCCCAUGGAGACACAGAGCACCACCAAUAAGAGUGUUAGGCUGGGCUCCUUCUCAGCUGUGCUGGACAGCGGCAUCCACCUCUCCUACAGUCACUACGGCCCAACAGGGGAGCAGGGUGAGAUGGAGGCUGGUCAGGACUCUGAUCUGGACAUGCCCACAGACUCCAGUCUCUCCCCCGUCCCCUCGACCCUCCUCUCCUCCUCAUUGUCCCGGAAGAAACUCAACUCCUCCCACAGCGCCAAGGGGGUGCAGCCGUCCAAAGAGACCAACACGUCUCCAACACACAGAGAGGAAGAGGAGCAGACCAGAGAGUGUGUGGGUCAGGCUGCAUUAGCUGGCAGUGCUCCGUUCCAGAGACUAAACGUCUCCACCCCCAGUGGUCUGCUGCUGCAGUUCCUCAGUGAUGAUACAGACGGCAGUACUCCAGAGGGUCAGUGUGUGUUGGUGAGACAGAGUUUCCCCCUACACUGCAGUGACAGUAGGGAGCCUCACCUCACAGACCCAUCGUUACACAGUGAGCUGUCUAGGGUCAUCACUGGUCAGGGCACCGUGGUCAAGUACAUGAGAGACGGAUCAACACAGGUGCUGUUUGCAGACGGUUCAGUCAGUAGCAGUACAGACUCAGGACCCAUCAUCUCAUCUCCCCCUGAAGCCCCUGCUAAGGAGGAAGAGGUAGUGAAGGAGACUGCGAUACCAGAGAGAAAAGACAGCAAGGACAAGAAGGGUAAGCUGGGUUCCAAGCAGAGCCUGGGGGCUGACCAGAGUCAGAGUGACCCAGAGCCCAGGGAGGAGCAGAGGUCGUCAGGCCAGACCCAGGGCGGACAGGGGGUCUGUUGGGUCACCACCAGCCCCUCCGGACACAGAGUAGCCACCAUGGGGGACCAGACCACAGACCCUGGCCCGGUCUUGGCCUUCAGAGCCACAGACCCUGUCAGCCAAACUGUUGUGAUCACGCGGGAGGACAAGGUGAUGUCUGUGCUGGACAGAGACGGGACGAUGAUCGUCGACCAUGCAGACGGAACCAGGAUCACUACCCUGUACCAGGAGAGAGAGGCUCUCAGUGUCUGGUCCCAGGAACACAUUCACACAGGGGAGAGGUCCAGCAGCAGUGUCUGUCAUAAGGAGAAGGUGGUGAUGGUGGAGCGGCUGGGGUUUGCCACGGUAACCAUGUUCGACGAGGACAGGUCCUGCAACGUGUUCUUUGGAGACGGGAGCGUCGUCACCGCCACCUGCAACGGAGCGUACCAAGUGUACCCGUCCAGUGUAGGUCUGCUGUUCAUCAACCAGGACGGUAGUUGUGUGUACACGUCAGACCCUGAACACAGCCCAACCCUGAGUCUAGCCAGCUGGAGUCCCAGAGAGCAGCCAGGCAGCUACAGGAUGAACCACACCUUUACCUCAGACACACUGUGUGAGGUCACAGACCACCACGGGAACCUCUUCCAGGUGAUGAAGGAUGGCCAGGCAUCAGUGGAGAUCUCUAGCCCUCUGGACAGCAGAGCACCUUUUAACCCUUUUAGUGUUCCAGCUGGGCUGAAGCAUGAUGGGUUGUUCAUGGCCCAUGAGGAUGGUACAGGCACAGAGCUGCUGUACUCUCAGACAGUAGAGGAACGUCUGUAUGAGGACUACUCUGACCCUGCUGUCGCCCUGCUUAAAGAACCCCUCCCAGGCCUACAGGGUGUGCUGGGUAUAACGGUGCUGAGACCCUCUCGUCAGGACGUGUGGUCCAGAUGGGUCAUCCAGAAACAAAACAAGGACAUCAUCCCCACCAACCUCCAGUCCCGUCGCUGGGACAACUUCCCCUCAGUAGAGAGGAAGACGCCAGGUCCUCCGUUCGGGACCACCCUGGGCCGGGGUCUGACCCUGAGAGAGAAGCCUGUUUCUGAGGCCUUCAGGCCCGUGCUGAGCUGUCCUGAUACCCUGGAGGUCCGACAGCUGCUCCAGUACCAGCCAGUCAGCAGACAGCUCCGCAGGACUCUGGAGACUCGCCUCAAGGAGUACAUGGAGCAGGUUGUCCAGAGAGAGAACCUGACAGAGAAGAUGCAGCUGAAUGACCCUCGUACUGAGGAGGAGAAGGUCCACGCUGCUGACCUGCUCAAACUGGUCCUGUCACUUCCAGAGUCAGAGCACCCCACUAUAGAGAACAGAAUCUGCCCCGUGGAUGCAGCCACCCUGUACAUCCAGGCAGUGAAGACUCCAGCCCUGCAGACAGAGGCCUCGCUCUCAGAGAAACACACAGACAGCUUCAGUGAAGAGGAACCGAUGUGGAAGAGCAGGAUAGAGCAACACAGACAGGAGCUGGACGAGGAGAAGGUUUACAGAGAGGCUCUAAGGAACAGAAUCAUUCCUCCUUAUUUCCACUCAGAGAAAGAAGCAGCUUUUGAGUACUCGGAGAUUGUAUUCAGCUCAGCUACUGUACGUAUAUCAAACAAACUCUCUGGGUUUUCCCGUCAGGUCCCUGAUAUGAGAUCUCUGUCUCAGGACCUUCCUCCAUUCCCCAAGACUCCCAACUCCCAGAACUACCUCAAGGAUGCCCCUCGAGAGACAGCAGCCCAACGACCUUUGAACCCCACGCCCUCUCACGCAGCAGGAAGUGAUGCGCUGCCUAGGAGACCCACCAACCCCACCCCUCAAACUGCAGGUCUGCUCAGUACACGACUUAGACUUAGGCAGGGUUCGCACAAGGUGCUUGAAUUUGUCCUGGACCUGGGGACUUUGAAAAGACCCCUGGUGGCAUGUCUGAUCUGUGUGUGUUCUCCUGUAGGGGACGGCUCUCAUGGUGUUUCUACAGGGAAGCAGCAGCAUGGCGGUGGUAUUGAGCCUGGCAGUACCCAGGUGGACGUGGCAGGGAACCCACGCAGACACAGAGUCAAGCUGCCAGCCUCCAUCCUCAGCUCCAAACCCUUCAGCGUGCCCAACCACCAGUUCCUGUGUGUAGAGGAGCCGGUGAGGAGGAAGGUGAAGACUGCGUCUGUGACGGGGGGGCAGCUCGUCCCACGGGGGUUUGAGCUCCUCCCAGCAGAGGUCCAGUUUGGGGCCCUAAAGGAGGGCUGCACCUACAGCGUCCCCGUGCUCAUGAAGAACGUGGGCUUCCACACCUGCAGGUUCAGUGUGAAACAGCCGUCCCCUGGUACUGGAAUCAGAGUCAUCUACACCCCUGGACCUGUGGCUGCUGGGAUGAAGACUGAGCUUCAGGUGGAGCUGUGUGCCAUGACUAUAGGUCUGGAGGAGUCUGCAGAGGGAGAGGUCUACAUCUCCCACCACAUCCACAUCAAGACUGAGACUGAGAUCUUCUACCUGCCUGUCUUAGCUACCAUCCUCCCCGAGCGUCUGUAUGACACCAGGACCAAGGAUCAUACCAACGGGCUCCAGACAGGGGUAUCCAAGGUCCGCCUCAUCUCCUCCACCCCCUCAGUCAGACGUGGAGUGGUCCUCCCUCGCAGACCUCUUCUUUCCACCAUCUGAACACUGGAACUAAUCACUCUCUAGAAUGCCCUUCAAGCCAAUCAGAAACCAGUAUUCAACAAUGCCAUGGUAUAAGAACAGGAAGUCAUGCUAAGGGCUGUUAAGGGUUUUACAAACAUUCACUCCCCACUGAAACGUGAUCUUUUCCUUCCACUUCCAGGUGAAAUUCAAUCAGACGGAUUGAGACAACUUAUAUAAAACUACUUUCAUCGUGCUUUGGUGUUUUAGUCACAUACUGCCGUUGUUCGAUGGCUGUUGAAUAGAAUACAAUGAAUCUUAGCAAUAAAGA